AUGGCAGAGCUAGCACUCGCAGUCAUUCCGCUCGGUCUCAAGACAUGCUCUGGGCUUGUGAGCUAUCUGGGCGGGCUCAAAGAUCACGAUGAUGCAAUCGCUCGACUCAAACGCCUUGCGGAAUCCCUCGAAGGCAGUUUUCGCUUACUUGACGGUCUUCUGAAGAGUGGCCAGCUGAAUUUUUCGACCUCGCAGGCUGUGGCUCAGACUCUACGUUGUCUGGGCAAUUGCGAGGACGCCUUGAACGACCUCAAGUCUUUUGGGGACAAGAUCUCGGCGACGACCACGCCUGACCCCAAGCUCGGAGACAAAGUAAAAGGCAGCUACCGCAAAAUCGUCUAUCCGCUGAGGCAAGCUCAGCUUGCACAGUUGGAAAAUACAUUGGAAAGCCUUUGCACACCUCUCAACUUGGCCGUUCAGAGCUUGCAGCUAGAGUUACAAGCCACAAUUUCCAAUACUCUGAACUUGAACACUACGACACUUCAGAAAACUUCAGAUGACGUGUUGGCUGUUGCUGCUGAUGUAUCUGGUCUUCGUGACCCCAUGUCAAGUAUCGAGACGAAGUUUCCAUCACUUCAAGCUUCCGUCGACGGCAUUGCUCCCCAGAUUAGCAUGAUGAUCCAAGCACAGUUCAAGUGCCAAAUGGACGAGAUCAGACACUCAUUCCAACAAGCCGAGUCUUCUUCACUUCGGCGAAACACUCAGACAAAUGAAAUCCUGUCACGACUGCAAAUUGAUCGUCGAAACCCUGUCCCAGCCAUUUACAAGCUUGCUGUGAAGCCAAGUGCGCUCUCUACAGUUACUUCUUCAGUUCUGGCCUGCUCUUGUCCCACUAGGAGGUUCCGCACUCGGAAGACACUUCGGCUUGGGCCACUAUAUUUUAUUGACGAGACGAUGACCGACUUUGCUCACUACAAUGACUGUCAAUUCGGUUUUGUAGACCAUAAAUACUCACGAAAUCGUACAGUCAGAUUAUCCAGUAUUGUUCGACUCGUAAACAAAGCUGUCGAACUUACGCUGCGUACGACUGGAGGAGCAGGCGGCUUUAGCAUCAGCCCGUCUUUCACUUACUUUGCAGAGGUCGAUGAAAACAGAUCCCCUGCUUUCAGGGUCUUGAAUCUUUGGAGGCGCAACGUGCUUGCAACCGAAUGGGCUAUGACAAACUGCCCAGAAUUCUUCUUUAAGUCGAUCAUAUCCAAACUGCAAGCUAUAUUCAGUUCAGGAACUGCAAGACCUACUGAUCUCAGCUCACAUGGUUCCUCGUUGCUUCAUGUACUGUGUUUUGCUAUGCAAUAUUCUCUCCCGCCGGACCAGAGUUGGGACCAAAAGCAACUCGUGUAUACCAAGGCCAAGCCAUUGUUCGAGUUCCUUAUCAAAGCAGGAACACCAUUGUCGGCAGUUAAUUCUGAGGGGUCGAUGGCGUGGCAUAUAGUGGCCGAUUAUUGGGUGCUCCCGGUAACCAUAAUCACUGACUUACAUGUCGAGGAUGUUGAAGUAGCUUCAGUAACAAGGAGGGAAUUCUUUACCCUUCGUCUAAGGCCGAAAUACUCUAUGAAGUAUUUUGAUUGGAAUCAGAAGUUUUUUGAAAGUUUAUUCGGACCACUAACGCUCGCCAUUCUACGCACAGACAUAGAGGAGGCGAAGCAACUGAUCAACAACCGCCCGGAAUGCUUGGACGAAAUUAGUUUCUAUAAACAGACUCCUCUGCACUUCGCAAUAGAGAACCCGGAAAUUCUAGAACAUUUGGUGCAAAAAGCCAGUCCAGGACAGUUAGUCCGGUCAAGCAUAGCAUUUGAUGAGAAGAUAACCCCUCUCGGUAGAGCAAUCUGGCUCAGUGCAGACAUUUGUUAUGCCCAGAAAGAAAAGAGCCGGACUUUUUGCCCUUGCACCACAGCGGUCGAAACUAUUCUAGCUGCAGAUUGUCCAAUUAUACCUUACCGCGACUUUACGAUAUCCACGGUACCAUACCUGAAUGGGUUUUCUAAUGUAUUCAGGCGCGCUUCGAAACAUUGCAAGCAUCUACUUGCCAAGCAGUUACAAUCCUAUCGGCGAGAACUGGAGCAGAUAGCUCAAAAGAAGCUACCGAGAUCGGUACACAGGGUUCAUAACUCUUGGGUAUCCGAUACAAGCGUGAAAGCUAUCGAGUGGGAUCGAAUACUACGUGAGAGAGGUCUGCUAGAUUUUGGUCGUCUGUCGACAGCAUUACCUGAUGACCUGAAAAGAUUGCCACCAGGGAAAUAUCAUUCGAGACCUAUAUACCUGGACAUUAACAACCCAGAAGAUGCGUCUAUCUUCUGGGAUCUAGGAUUCUCCGACAUUGAUGAUCAAUGGGCAGAUUGGGCGCUGACACAUGAGGCUGGCCCUGGCAUUGGCAAGAGUUUUCGACGCUUUUUGGAAACUGUUAGACCAGCAUAUGCAAUGUGGUUACAUGAACACUGCCCGAACCUCUGGAGUUUAGUUUGUGAGCACCGGAAACUGGAGUCACCGGUCUUUGUUCUGGCGGAAGUCAUUCUCGGUCUUUGCGACAUUGAUGAUAUUGGAUGCGAGGAGAUGGUACAGUAUCUCAUUAAUUCUCCUAUAGUCAUCGAAGACACAGACGAUUGCGUCUGUCCUUGCUCGCCCCAAGGGUGUACACCUUUUACUCAUGGAGUCAAAUUAAUGGCCGCGUUUCACCACGGCCAUGAAUUCCUGCGAUUAUUUAUCAGCAAAUAUGGACAAAUCCUGAGUUUGAGUCAACAUAUAGCUGUUUUAAGGCAAGCGACCUUUCAGAAGCUUGGUAUGGAACACACAUGUAUCCACAAACCAGACCACGUAGAAUGCGGGUCGUCCGAAAGCGAUUUUGAUACUCUAACAAAGGAUUCAGAGAAGGAAAUGUACCUUGAAAAAUUGGUCAUGGAAUACCAGGCAUUUUUGCUCCGUGACGCUGACGAUUCGCCCGACGAAGCCGGAGAGGACUGCAAGGAUUCUAAUGUUGAAGUGAGUACCAGAAGGUAUUGGCGAGCUAUGGAAUACUGGGAUUCUAUCUGGCCAUUGAGAGUACAAGAGAUUGAGCAAGAAUUGGCAUCCUCGUGGAAUCCAGAUCAAGAGGUCUUGAAGAACCUUGGGGUCUCUCUUUGGCUGGAAGAUGAAGGAGAAACGGAGGAAUGGUCAGAAUCAUCAAAUGAGGAUCUGUUUCGUAAGAUGAUGGACGAACUGGAAAUGAUCGAAUAG